AUGCGUGGCGUGGGUUGGCAGACGCUGUCCCUGUCGCUGGGGUUAGUGCUGGUGAUCCUGAACGAGGUGGCGCCGCAGGCGUGCCCGGCGCAGUGCUCCUGCUCGGGCAGCACAGUGGACUGUCACGGGCUGGCGCUGCGCAGCGUGCCCAGGAAUAUACCCCGCAACACUGAGAGACUGGAUUUGAAUGGAAAUAACAUCACACGGAUUACCAAGACAGAUUUUGCUGGUCUUCGACACCUAAGAGUUCUUCAGCUUAUGGAGAAUAAGAUUAGCACCAUUGAAAGAGGAGCAUUCCAGGAUCUUAAAGAACUGGAGAGACUGCGUUUAAACAGAAAUCACCUUCAGCUGUUUCCUGAGUUGCUGUUUCUUGGAACUUCAAAGCUGUAUAGGCUUGAUCUCAGUGAAAAUCAAAUUCAGGCAAUUCCAAGGAAGGCUUUCCGUGGGGCAGUUGACAUUAAAAAUCUGCAACUGGAUUACAACCAGAUCAGCUGUAUUGAAGAUGGGGCAUUUAGGGCUCUGCGGGACUUGGAAGUGCUCACUCUCAACAAUAACAACAUUACUAGACUUUCUGUGGCAAGUUUCAACCAUAUGCCUAAACUUAGGACUUUUCGACUGCACUCGAACAAUCUGUAUUGCGACUGCCACCUGGCCUGGCUUUCUGACUGGCUACGCCAGAGGCCCCGGGUUGGUCUCUACACUCAGUGUAUGGGCCCGUCCCACCUGCGGGGCCAUAACGUAGCUGAGGUGCAAAAACGCGAAUUUGUCUGCAGUGAUGAGGAAGAAGGUCACCAGUCCUUUAUGGCUCCUUCCUGCAGUGUUCUGCACUGUCCAGCUCCUUGUACGUGUAGCAACAAUAUCGUAGACUGUCGUGGGAAAGCUCUCACUGAGAUCCCCACGAAUCUGCCAGAGACCAUCACAGAAAUACGUUUGGAACAGAACUCAAUCAAGGUCAUCCCUCCUGGAGCUUUCUCACCAUAUAAAAAGCUUAGAAGAAUUGACCUGAGCAAUAAUCAGAUCUCUGAACUAGCACCAGAUGCUUUCCAAGGACUACGCUCUCUGAAUUCACUUGUCCUCUAUGGAAAUAAAAUCACAGAACUCCCAAAAAGUUUAUUUGAAGGACUAUUUUCCUUACAGUUACUAUUAUUGAAUGCCAACAAGAUAAACUGCCUUCGGGUAGAUGCUUUUCAGGAUCUGCACAACUUGAACCUUCUCUCCUUGUACGACAACAAGCUUCAGACCAUUGCCAAGGGGACUUUUUCACCUCUCCGGGCCAUUCAAACCAUGCAUUUGGCCCAGAACCCCUUUAUUUGUGACUGCCAUCUCAAGUGGCUGGCGGAUUAUCUCCAUACCAACCCCAUCGAGACCAGUGGUGCCCGCUGCACCAGCCCCCGGCGUCUGGCAAACAAAAGAAUCGGACAAAUCAAAAGCAAGAAAUUCCGUUGUUCAGCUAAAGAACAGUAUUUCAUUCCAGGUACAGAAGAUUAUCGAUCAAAAUUAAGUGGGGACUGCUUUGCAGAUUUGGCUUGCCCUGAAAAGUGCCGCUGUGAAGGAACCACAGUAGAUUGCUCCAAUCAAAAACUCACCAAAAUCCCAGACCACAUUCCCCAGUACACUGCAGAGCUGCGUCUCAAUAAUAAUGAAUUCACAGUGUUGGAAGCUACAGGAAUCUUCAAGAAACUUCCACAGUUACGUAAAAUAAACUUUAGCAACAAUAAGAUUACAGACAUUGAAGAAGGAGCAUUCGAAGGAGCUUCUGGUGUCAAUGAAAUACUUCUCACGAGUAAUCGCUUGGAAAAUGUUCAGCAUAAGAUGUUCAAGGGAUUAGAAAGCCUGAAAACUUUGAUGUUGAGAAGUAAUCGUAUAAGCUGUGUUGGCAAUGAUAGUUUCAUAGGACUGAGUUCUGUGCGUUUGCUUUCUUUAUAUGAUAAUCAAAUUACUACCAUCGCACCAGGGGCAUUUGAUACUCUCCAUUCUUUAUCUACUCUAAACCUGUUGGCCAAUCCUUUUAACUGCAACUGCUACCUGGCUUGGCUGGGUGAAUGGCUAAGGAAGAAAAGAAUUGUAACUGGAAAUCCUCGCUGUCAGAAACCAUACUUCCUCAAAGAAAUCCCCAUCCAGGACGUCGCCAUUCAAGACUUCACCUGUGAUGAUGGCAAUGAUGAGAGUAGCUGUUCUCCACUCUCUCGCUGCCCCACGGAAUGCACAUGCUUGGAUACAGUGGUCCGAUGCAGCAACAAGGCCUUGAAGGUCUUGCCCAAAGGUAUUCCCAGAGACGUCACUGAAUUGUAUCUGGAUGGGAACCAAUUUACAUUGGUGCCUAAGGAGCUCUAUAACUACAAACAUUUAACACUUAUAGACUUAAGUAACAACCGAAUCAGCACCCUUUCUAAUCAGAGCUUCAGCAACAUGACCCAGCUCCUCACCUUAAUUCUUAGUUACAACCGUUUGAGAUGUAUUCCUCCUCGAACCUUCGAUGGCUUGAAGUCUCUCCGAUUACUUUCAUUACAUGGAAAUGACAUUUCUGUUGUGCCUGAAGGUGCUUUCAAUGAUCUUUCUGCGUUAUCACACCUGGCAAUUGGAGCCAACCCUCUUUACUGUGAUUGUAACAUGCAGUGGUUAUCGGACUGGGUAAAGUCGGAAUACAAAGAACCCGGAAUUGCUCGCUGCGCCGGUCCUGGAGAAAUGGCAGAUAAAUUAUUACUCACGACUCCCUCCAAAAAAUUUACAUGCCAAGGUCCCGUGGAUGUCAGUAUUCUAGCUAAAUGUAAUCCCUGCUUAUCAAACCCAUGUAAAAACGAUGGCACCUGUAACAGUGAUCCAGUUGACUUUUAUCGCUGUACCUGUCCCUAUGGUUUCAAGGGACAGGACUGUGAUGUCCCAAUUCAUGCAUGCAUCAGUAACCCAUGUCAACAUGGAGGAACUUGCCACUUAAAGGAAGGAGAAAAAGAUGGAUUCUGGUGUAUUUGUGCUGAUGGAUUUGAAGGAGAAAAUUGUGAAGUCAAUAUUGACGACUGUGAAGAUAAUGACUGUGAAAAUAACUCUACAUGUGUGGAUGGAAUUAAUAACUACACAUGCCUUUGUCCACCUGAGUACACAGGCGAGUUGUGUGAGGAGAAGCUGGACUUCUGUGCCCAGGACCUGAACCCCUGCCAACAUGACUCCAAGUGCAUCCUGAUGCCAAAGGGAUUUCAGUGCGACUGCACACCAGGGUAUGUGGGUGAGCACUGCGACAUUGACUUUGAUGACUGCCAAGAUCACAAGUGUAGAAACGGAGCCCACUGCACGGAUGCAGUGAACGGCUAUACGUGCAUCUGCCCUGAAGGUUACAGUGGCCUGUUCUGUGAAUUUUCUCCACCCAUGGUCCUCCCUCGAACCAGCCCCUGUGAUAACUUUGAUUGUCAGAAUGGAGCCCAGUGCAUCAUCAGGAUAAAUGAGCCCAUCUGCCAGUGUUUGCCGGGCUACCAGGGAGAGAAGUGUGAAAAGUUGGUCAGCGUGAAUUUUGUCAACAAAGAGUCUUAUCUUCAAAUUCCUUCAGCCAAGGUCCGGCCUCAAACGAACAUCACCCUACAGAUUGCCACAGAUGAAGACAGCGGAAUCCUUCUGUAUAAGGGCGACAAGGACCAUAUUGCCGUCGAACUGUACCGGGGACGGGUCCGUGCCAGCUACGACACCGGCUCACACCCGGCUUCUGCCAUUUACAGCGUGGAGACGAUCAAUGAUGGAAACUUUCACAUUGUGGAGCUACUUGCCCUGGAUCAGAGUCUCUCCCUCUCCGUGGAUGGAGGGAGCCCCAAAAUCAUCACCAACUUGUCAAAGCAGUCCACUCUGAAUUUUGACUCUCCCCUCUAUGUAGGAGGUAUGCCAGGCAAGAACAACGUGGCCGCGGCACUGCGCCAGGCUCCCGGGCAGAACGGAACCAGCUUCCACGGCUGCCUCCGCAACCUCUACAUCAACAGCGAGCUGCAGGACUUCCGCAAGGUGCCCAUGCAGACCGGCAUUCUGCCCGGCUGUGAGCCGUGCCACAAGAAGGUGUGCGCGCACGGCACGUGCCGGCCCAGCAGCCAGUCGGGCUUCACCUGUGAGUGCGAGGAAGGCUGGACUGGGCCCCUCUGUGACCAGAGGACCAAUGACCCCUGUCUUGGAAAUAAAUGUGUGCACGGCACCUGCUUGCCCAUCAAUGCGUUCUCCUACAGCUGUAAGUGUCUGGAGGGCCACGGGGGUGUGCUCUGUGAUGAAGAGGAGGAUCUGUUUAACCCCUGCCAGGCGAUCAAGUGCAAGCAUGGGAACUGCAGGCUCUCGGGACUGGGGCAGCCCUACUGUGAAUGCAGCAGUGGAUACACCGGAGACGGCUGUGACCGAGAAAUCUCUUGUCGAGGGGAGCGGAUACGAGAUUAUUACCAAAAGCAGCAGGGCUAUGCCGCUUGCCAGACAACCAAGAAGGUGUCCCGGUUGGAAUGCAGAGGUGGGUGUGCGGGAGGGCAGUGCUGCGGACCUCUGAGGAGCAAGCGGCGGAAAUACUCUUUCGAAUGCACUGAUGGGUCUUCGUUUGUGGAUGAGGUCGAGAAGGUGGUGAAGUGUGGUUGUUCCAGGUGUGCCUCCUAAUCGUGCCCCUGGCACCUUGUGUCUUUGGGGAAUGUUGUCUACUUCUCAACCGCGGUGGACUCAUUUAUGCUUCAUAGUGGAAAUAUUUGAAAUAUAUUGUAAAAUACAGAACAGACUUAUUUUUAUUAUGAGAAUAAAGACUUUUUUUUUUUUCUGCAUUCUGGAAAAAAAAAAAAUGCUUGACCUAACGCUUCCCCGGUGAGAGAGAAGUAGGAAGAGAGAGAGAACCCGGAGGCCUCGGCCCACGGGUGGGAAGCGUUGCGACGCGAAUUCAUCUUUGCAACAUGCUGAAGACGAGGGAGAGCCGAGCUCCUGUGUGCUGCGUGACAUCAGCACCCAGACCGUAAAGCCCCUGUGGCCUCGUGCCCGUCUCUGGGGCUGACGAGGACACACCGAGCACCUGUGUGGGAUUGAGGAUGGUUGAGGAUGCAAGGUGGAGGAGUGGAACUCGAGAAUUCACCGAACACGCGGUUGAGAAAUAU